AUGAUGUUUCUGCUGCGACCUCUACAGAUGGAGGCAGGGAUAGACCGCAUGGACAAUAUCGGCUCGGUCGGUCGGUCUGCCAAGGUUGUCCGGCGCCUUGCCAAGAAGGGGCAGUUCUUGGUCAUCGUCAACUUGCAGGUGCCAGGAAACCCGCCGCUGAGCAUGGUCCUGUACUACGCCGUGCCGGUGCCGCCGGGAGGCGUGCCCGAGGAAGGAGCGGGUGGGAAGUCGCCCGCAUUCCUGGACCUGUUUCGACGUUUCGUCGAUCUCGGCCCCAAGCACAACUCGGACGAGGGAGACGGCAGCGUUUCCGAGUACGAGGAGGAGGGGGAGGGGAUCGGAGACGCCGGGGGCGGAGGACGCCUGCCCGGGGACGAUCUGCGGAACAUGAGGUUCAAGCUCUUUCCGGCGAUCCUGGAGGGACCAUGGAUCGUGCGCAAGGCGGUUGGCAGCAAGCCGACGCUCAUCGCGCAGAAGCUCACGUGUCGGUAUUUCAGGACGCGGUCCUACUUCGAAGUCGACAUCGACAUUGGUAGCUCUGUCGUCGCCUACAACACCGUCUCCCUGGCCAUCGGAUACGCGAAAAGCCUCUGCGUUGACAUGGGUUUCUGUAUCCAGGUGAGUAGAAAGAAAAUCGAGAUGGGGAAAGAAUAUCCUCCUGGCAUUUUGGGUUGUUUACCGUGA